AUGGACGUCCAGCUGAAGCGCAUCACGGAGUCGACGAUCACGCCCUUCCGUAAGCUAACUCUCAACAUGCUCUGCCAGAUACCACGUGGCCGCUACAGUACGUAUCAGGCUAUGUCGGACCACAUCACCAAGACAUCGCACAAGACGUGUGCUCGGGCUGUCGGAAAUGCAAUGCGUCACAACCCCUUCGCACCGGAAGUGCCUUGUCACCGCAUCUUGGCCGCUGACGGCUCGCUUGGCGGCUUCAACGGUGAUUGGGGGGAGCAAGGAAAGUUUGCCAGUCAGAAACACAAGCUGUUGUACGAAGAAGGCGUACGGUUCGACUCAAGAGGUAAGGUCAAGGGCCCGGUGUUCCGGGAAUUCAAGUGA